UUGAAAUUGUCCCGACAAGAGGAGGCGACGGACUUGGGAAAAGCAGCUCGUACUAAACGCGAUCGCUGCAUUAGCACCAGGGAUUAACGGCAGCUUUAGAGGUUAUUGUUAUCAUAUGAUAGUGUUUCAUCUUCAAGUAAUUUCGACGGACGAAGGCUGUUUGGCACACUUUGGAGCGGGCUAACAAAACGGAGGGAGCCUGGUAAUCGGUUGUUUCGCUGUUGGAGCGGACGGUGCUCUGGUUGUGGCCGGGCAGCCCCACCGGACUGUCGGACGAAACUGACGCUUCCACACGGAAUAUAACAGCAAUACGUUAUGAACCGUGGUGGGAGGUCAUUUUCAUUUUGACGUUUUAAAGCUAUACUACGGAACCUGUCAAAGAGAAGUUUGAUUGGAGAGCUGAGUGCGCUUGAUUUCCAGUCCGAUGGAUGUUAGCCCUGCCCGGCUGUGGCUCGGCUCUCUGCUCCCCUGGUCUGAAAAUAACAGGUUAAACACCAACAAGCACAGGUGAACGCGUCUGUUCAUAACAAUGCUGCAGACCUGGCAAGUAAAUGACAGCCCUGGCCUGAAUGCCAACAAGUCGCCCUCCAUUGCGUGUCUGUAAACCUGGAAAUACCAACAACCAUCCCCUCCUCUUCUUCACCCCCACCUCUUCCUCCCUUCUUUUUUUGGACUAACAAGACUGGCAUUACCUGGGAUAUUUUGGAUUUAGGCUCGAUCUUGGCAUUUUUAAUAAUGUCCUUUUUGCAGAGACAGUGCCCUCUAGAGCAGCAAGACAUUUAAUUUUACUCAGUCGUCUUGAGAUUGUUGGGCUUUUUUGUUUUUCUUUAUUCUCUUUCUAGUCAGAGGAUCAGAUUCGGAUGGAAAAUGGGAGACGCCACCAAACUGGCCUUCGCCGUUUUCCUCAUCUCCUGCUCUUCAGGUGCCAUCCUGGGACGCUCGGAGACGCAGGAGUGCGCCUACUACAACUCCAGCUGGGAAAAGGAGCGCACCAACCGCAGUGGCAUCGAGCCCUGCUAUGGCGAGAAAGACAAGCGGCGACAUUGCUUCGCCACGUGGAAGAAUGUCUCUGGAACCGUGGAGGUCGUCAAGCAAGGCUGCUGGCUGGAUGACGUCAACUGCUACGACAGUAACGAGUGUGUGGAGAGGAAGGAGAGUCCUGACGUUUUCUUCUGCUGCUGUGAAGGCAACAUGUGCAACGAGAGGUUCCUGUACGCCCCUGAUGCGCCCCCACAGAGUGACCCGCACCAUUCAACUGCCUACACCACCUCCAACCCAUUUUCCCAGAAGCCCCAGCUCUUCAGCACUCUGCUUUACUCGCUGGUUCCCAUCAUAGGCCUGGCCGCCGUUGUCCUCUUCUCUUUCUGGAUGUGGAGACAUCACAAACUGGCCUAUCCAGCUGCCCUCGUCCCCACACAUGUAAGUCUCACCAGCAGGGUGAAAACGUGUAAAUCCCUUCACCACUUUUUUUGUCUUCAUGUUUGGUCCACAGCGCUCAUCACUGUAGUGCAUUUGCAGAGGUCACCUGUCAAUCAAACAGUGGUGCAGGGACUGGGGUGACCUCUUUCUUUCAAAGUUGCUGAUGAUGCAUUUAGAGUUUCUCUUUUUGUCUGUUCAGCUGUAGUGGCCAUCGUGUCUAUCUUCGUCUGUUAAUUGCAAACAAAAGGGAAAUGUAAAAUGCAUCAGUUGCAGGGGGGCAAAUGAUUUCUUUCCUGGAAACACAUACUGUAAGUGCAGUGGGAAUAAACAUAGAACUUGCAAGCAGGUAAAAAAAAUCUCAAAUUAUUUAUUGCAGAAAAUGUCUUGACUCAGCUCUGGUCGAUUGUGUUGAUAUUUAUUUCCUACCUGAGUCAAUGCUCAUUAGUUGCUGCUGUAAAAAGACUCAUGUGUUGUUUGAAGUUUGCAGCAUGAAACAGUAGAAACAUUGUACUCUGCCGUCUCUAUUUAACCAACCUUCAACUCCACAGCUGAUCUAGUUUCUCAGUGGGCUGAAACAGCCUUGGCCUUUCCUGCCCCGUGCAGCAGAGGGACAGAGUUACGGGCAGCCAGAGCAGACACACUGUGUGGAGAGUUUACGUUGGGAUAAUUGCUUUUUCAGUUUCUUCUUUCAAAGUUGUAUAGAAGGACAAGAUGAGCCCUGCUUCUGUCUGUAUCUUUUUUCUUUCUGAGUAAACACUUCCCAGACUUGCUUUUAAUUCGCCAGACUAGUGUUUGGAUAUGACUGUAAUUGGGACAGUUCAUAUUGUGCCAGAAAGGCAUUUAAUCACACACAAGUUGUUAGAUUAAUAUUUAUUUUCUUAAAAACUUUUAAGUGCACAUAGGGCUGAUUAGGUUAAAAUAAUUGUUGGCAAAAUAGAGACCCACACUGGAAAAUCUCAUAUCUACACUUUUGAUCCAUUUCAUGUCUUCACUUGAAUUAGCCAUGUUUCAUCACCUUUGUAAACAUUUUCUCAAAUCUCCUUUUUUGUAGGACUGAGAAUAAGGCUGCUUUUCCAAACUCCUGAUUCAUUUCGUUUUUCACAAUUCCGAGGCGGUUUUAACCCGACAGCAGCAGAGCUAUAUUCUCUGCUGCUCGGCAGCAGGGGAAAAAGAAAACCCAUGCUGAGCUUCCACCUUAUGGAAGAGGAGUCAGGGGCCUCUGCAUUAUUGAUGAGGCUUUAUAUAGGCAAACAAAACUAAACACAGAGACACUCACAGCUUUGCCUGGUGGUGGUGGGUGGAUGGGGAGUGCGUGGGAGGAAGAGAGGAGAGACAUGCAAUUCUCUCAACUUAGUUAUUGUAUUUGCACAGUGCUAAAGCAUUGCAGGGAAGAUAAAAAGACAGUGACACAAUACAAUCCAGAAACAAAUGCUAAUGUGCCUUGGAAAAACGACACUGCUAAGAGGCUUAUG